UUCAAUUAUUUAAAUUGUAAUUAAAAGUAAAGUUGGUAUCUUUGAUAUGCUUUCGCAAAUGAUACGUAAUCAGAAAGGUUAUCGAGAAGAGUUCAUAUGGAAAUCUGUAGUAAAAUAAGAGUUCCUCCCCAGUAUGUACCAGUACACCAGAAAAUUCCAUUAUGUCUGUGUCGAAAGAAAAAGUGAUUUUGGCGUAUAGUGGAGGUUUGGACACUUCUUGUAUUUUGCUAUGGCUCAUUGAAAAGGGCUACAAUGUUGUUGCUUAUAUGGCAAACGUGGGACAAGAUGAAGACUUUGCGGCUGCCAAAGAAAAAGCACUGAAAAUCGGCGCGUCAAAGGUCAUUGUUGAAGACCUCAGAGAGGUUUUUGUGACGUCCUUUGUUUGGCCUUCUGUACGUUGUGGAUUAAAAUAUGAAGACAGAUAUCUCUUAGGAACAUCUAUUGCACGUCCUUGUAUUAGCGAAGGUCUUGUCAAAACUGCGAAAAAUGAAGGGGCGAAAAUAAUAAGCCAUGGUGCGACUGGAAAAGGAAAUGACCAAGUGCGAUUUGAGUUCGCUUGUUACACGCUCUACCCUGAAGUCAAGAUUUUGGCACCCUGGAGGGAGCCGGAAUUUUUUGAAAUAUUCCAAGGUCGUUCAGAUCUUUUAAAAUAUGCGGAAAGGAAUGGAAUCCCAGUUUCUGCCACCCCGAAGGAUCCUUGGAGUAUGGACGCGAAUUUGGCGCACAUCAGCUAUGAAUCCGGAAUUUUAGAAAACCCGAAAAAUCCCGCGCCCAAGGGGAUAUAUCAAAUGACAAAAGACCCGAAAGAUGCUCCCGAUAAAUCUGCGAAAAUCGCAAUCACGUUCAAGGAAGGCCUCCCAGUUUUCGUGAAAAAUUUGGACACUGGAAAGGAUUUUGAUAGUCCUCUAGAUAUUAUCAAUUACCUGAAUCGAAUCGGUGGAGAACAUGGAGUGGGUCGGAUAGACAUCGUAGAAAAUAGAUUUAUUGGACUGAAGUCCCGAGGAUUGUACGAGUCGCCAGGUGUCAAGAUUUUACACGACGCCCAUCAGGAUUUAGAAGUUUAUCUCCUUGAUCGCGAAGUCCUGAGAGUUAAAUCGUACUUAGCUGGUAAAAUGUCCGACUACGUAUACAAUGGUCUUUGGUUCUCACCUGAGUGCGAUUUUGUGAAAAAUUGUAUAGAGUUUUCUCAGAAAUUCGUUACCGGCACGGUACACGUUAAGACGUACAAGGGAAACGUGGCCGUUAUGGGGCGCUACAGUGAAAAUGCAUUAUACAAUCAAGAGCUCGUGUCAAUGGACAUUCAAGGAGAUUUCGCCCCUGUGGAUGCUGGAGGCUUCAUUCGAACAAACGCAGUCCGAUUGAAAGAAUUUCAUAGAUUUAAAAAUGGGCACAAAUGAAUUGAUAUCGAAUUUAUUUUAACUGGAUUUUAUUGCAAGUUGUAUCUACUAUUUAUACAACAAUAAAACCGCUAUUGUCACGACCUUGAUCUCCUUGAAAAAA